AUGGCUACGAGCCCCGAGAUAAUGCCAGAACUGUUUCCUCAGGACGAGGUCCCCGACAUGGAUGCAAGACUCAAGCUUCUCAGUAUGGUCCGCAAGGAGGCCACGGAAGGAAUCAUCAAGGCAAAAGCCCGUGUAUCUGCCAGGAUCAAAGGAGGAUCUCCGACGUUCAAGAAAGGAGACAAGGUCUUCCAACAGCUCGGAGUCUAUCUCGCUAUCAGAGGGGCUGGAUUCGCCAUCGAGGAUCUUGCCGACUUCGACCAUACCAACGUCGAGUUCAACAUGACCCAUCCAAACCAUGAUGGACCAUCUCAUCCAGAGAGCGGAUGA